CAAACCCUCUUGAAGGAAGGAAAGCACAACACUGACCGGGCAUUUCCGGGGGUCUUCCCGGUGGGAAGAACACCACUCAAUGAACAGACUCCACUUCAUGGCAUAAGCGCGCCUCAUAGAGGGGGCUCUGGCCGAAGUGAUGGUGUCGACUACCGCGGACGGUAGGCCACUCAAGUCUGCCUCGUCCCAUCCAGGAACCACACGUGGAGGUUCCACAGAUCGGGACGCGGGUGCCAUAUGGUGCCCUGCCCCUGAGAAAGGAGGUCCUUCCUCAGGGGGAUGCGCCAGGGAUGGGCUGUCGCGAGGAGCAUGAGUUUCGGGAACCAGGCCCAGUUGGGCCAGUACGGCGCAACUAGCAAGACCUGCUCCUCGUCCUCCCUGACCUUGCACAGUGUCUGUGCAAGGAGGCUUACUGGGGGAAAUGCAUAUUUGUGUAGGCCCCGGGGCCAGCUGUGUGCCAGUGCAUCCGUGCCGAGGGUCCCCUCUGUCAGCGAAUAAAACAACUGGCAAUGGGCGGAUUCCUGAGAAGCGAACAGGUCCAUUUGCGCUUCCCCGAAUCGGCUCCAUAUCAGCUGGACCGCCUGGGGGUGGAUUCUCCAUUCCCCUGGGAGCGUGAGCUGUCGUGAGAGCGCGUCGGCCACACGAUUGAGCUCGCCCGGGAUGUAGAAGGCAUGCAGCGACCUGAGUCGGCGCUGACUCCACAGGAGGAGAUGGCGGGCGAGUUGCGACAUGCGACGGGAGCAUAGACCACCCUGGUGGUUGAUGUACGCUACAGUCGAUGUAUUGUCCGUCUGGACCAGUACAUGCUUGCCCUGCAGCAGCGGUCGAAACCGGCGCAGCGCAAGGAGUACUGCCAGCAACUCGAGGCAGUUGAUAUGCCAGUGCUGAAGCGUGAAGCCAGUGCUGAAGCAGUCUCACAUGAAGCAAUCCGAGCGGCGUGACUGCGGCUGUGGAUGCCAUAUGCCCCCAGGAGCCUCUGAAAUUGUUUCAGUGGGACCGCUGUUUUCCGCGAGAACGAGUUCAGGCAGUUCAGCACCGACUGUGCAUGCUCGUUGGUGAGACAUGCUGUCAUCUUGUGAAGGGCCCGAUUCAAGACACGCAGAUCCAGGAUUGGUCGUAACCCCCCUUCUUAUAUGACCCAGAGGUUUCGGAAAUUGCUCUUUUAUUGACAAAAAGAAAACGGAACACAGGAUUCUACCCCGGGCCCUCUCCCGGGGGAAGGAGCGGUGCGGUCACCGUCUCCCGUAGAGCAGCUCCCGAAACAACUGGGUCUCCCGUCUCAAGGCCGCUUCUUGGCCUUCUUCCUUUUGGAAGGAGGCUUGGCGGACUGGGCGGGGGGUGUGGCCUUCCUGUGGGUGGCUCUAGGAGGAUGGGAGGGUUCCAAUCUCACAGGAGCCUGAGCCGCAGGAGGACGCCCUCGGCGAGGAGCAGACAAAGGCACGGCCCGUGGCGGAUUGGUGGCAUCAUCACGCCGGGGCAGGAUGUGCUUUAUGGCCUCCGUCUGCUUUUGCACUGCCGAGAACUGCUGAGCGAAGUCCUCGACAGUGUCCCCGAAGAGGCCGGCCUGGGAGAUGGGGGCGUCAAGAAAGCGAGCUUUGUCGACAUCCCUCAUCUCAGCCAGGUCCAACCAAAGAUGCCGUUCCUGAACCACCAGGGUGGACAUCGUUUGACUCAGGGCGCGCACCGUGACUUUCAUCGCCCAGAGGGUGAGGUCGGUCGCCGUGCGCAGCUCUUGCAGCAACCCUGGCUCAGCACUACCCUCGUGCAACUCUUUCAGAGCUUUCGCCUGAUGGACCUGCAAGAUGGCCAUGGCGUGCAGGGCAGAAGCCGCCUGUCCAGCGGUGGAGUGAGAGCGGCCGUGGUCUUACCCGCCUUGGACGGGAGACGUGGACGAUUCCGCCAGGUGGCCGCGGACUGCGGGCACAAGUGCACCGCAAUCGCACGCUCCACCUGCGGGAUGUCCACGUACCCCUUGGCGGCUCCACCAUCGAGGGUAGUGAGAGUGAAGGAGGCAGAAGACUGUAGUCUGGCAGUGUGAGGUGCCAACCAUGUCUUCUGGAGCUCCUCAUGCACCUCCAGGAAGAAUGGUACUGGGGCGGGACGCGGCUGGGAGCUGCGCCCCGGACACAGAAACCAGUCAUCCAACUGCGAGCGCUCGGGACAUGGUGGAGGGUUCCACUCGAGGCCGAUGCCCGCGGCGGCCCGGGCAAGCAUGGCUGUUAGCUCAGAGUCCGCCUCCGACUGAGCAACCAUCACAGAGGGCGGAAGCUCGGAGUCGUCGUCGCUCUCUGAACCGUUCAGCCCACUCCCCGAUGCAGCGAUCGACAUCCGAUCCUCCUCCGGAGUGCCGAAAGUGACGUGGGGCACCCCCGAGGAGGGCCCCGCAGCAGGCGUCAGCUCGAUGGCACAUGGUGUUGUUGUGGAGGAGUGGGAGGUUCGUGGGGACGGACCCGACGAAGUGGCUCCCACUGUAAUCAGAUCUCCCAGAGCACUAACCGGACCGGCGGCCGCUACAGCCGCCGGCGCUGGGGUAGUGACAGAGGGGACCCUCGCUUCUGUGUUAAAGAAGGAGAGUCGCGAUCUCAACAUCAACAUGGACAUGCCCUCGUAAUGAGGGCAUGUACCAUCCACGAGCGCUGACUCAGCGUGCGGUCUACCCAGACACGUGAGACAGUGGUCGUGGCCGUCAGAGGAGGUCAGGAAACGACCGCAUCCAGAAACACACGGUCGAAAAGACAUCUUGAAAAAGACGCUGAUCGCCCGUGCUUGCUCUUUCAGUAUACCUCACCUGCCGAAGCACCCAGGGAUGAGUGCAGCACCGUCCUGUGGGCAGCGUGCCGUCACACCCACCGCUGAGCGUGCCUUCCCAACCAGCUGGAGAGACUCGAGCAGCCACCGGAACAAACAGUCGAUAGCAAUUAAAAUGGCUGUUUUUCAGGAACUUGUCCUGUAGCAAUUAUAAUUGCUGUUUGCUCUUUUUAUGAAGAAAUUCGCUCUCUUGAAGAGGUGAAUAGUAGAUCCGAUCUGAUCGGUAUCGAAGUAUGAAUGAAGGUGAGUAUGCCGGCCCU